CUCGGAACUAGGAAACGUGGCAGUGAACUGCACCAUGGCUCCGUCCCAAACUACCCACACAGCAGCCUCUCCCAGAGGUGGCGUAGUCUACUGUUAGUGCUGCAGUGGGCGGAUUGAGACAUCCACCACUUACUUUUAGCUGUGUUUUAACUCCACUUUCUGAGGAGACUAUGCAGCGGGAGCGCUUGUUAAAGGUGUUAGUUGUAGGGGAUCUGGGUGUAGGGAAGACGGCCAUCAUCAGGCGCUACGUGCACCAGGUUUUCUCUCAUCAUUACCGAGCCACCAUCGGAGUGGACUUCGCGCUCAAAUUGCUGCACUGGGACCCGAGCACCGUCAUCCGCCUCCAGCUGUGGGACAUCGCCGGACAGGAGCGAUAUGGCAACAUGACUCGUGUGUAUUACCGUGAAGCAGUAGGGGCACUGGUGGUCUUCGACAUGACCCGAGCAUCCACUUUCCAAGCUGUACUUAAAUGGAAAGGUGACCUGGAUGCUAAAGUGGCCCUCUGUAAUGGUCACCCGGUGCCAGCUGUCCUGUUGGCGAAUAAGUGUGACCAGCAGUCACAUGGCAUGUGUGCCAAACUACCCAAGAUGGAGAGUUUUUAUAAAGAGCAAGGAUUCCUGGGCUGGUAUGAGACAUCGGCCAAGGAUAACACAAAUAUUGACAAAGCCAUCAUGCGCCUGGUUGAGCACAUCAUGGCAAGUGAUGGCGAGAAACCUGCAGUUGACUCAGACCCCAGUCGGGUGAUCCUGCCAACAUCGAACAACAACCUCCACGAACGCAGGCAAUCCAGCUGUUCAGCCUGUUCCAGACCGGACACACUUCCCAAAGAGCAUGAGCAAUUCUAGCAGUAGAGAAAAUAGAAUAUAUAAAUUACCUUUAUGUACUUAAAUGCUAUUGGUGAUGGCGAUUAUUAUUUAUACCAGCAGUUCUUGUUUAUGCAUUCACUGCACUUUUACUUAUAACAUGUUAAGACUCGUCAUGGUUUUUGCAUAUAGAUGGUGUUUCACUUUUUGAGCAUCAAAUGCUCAUGGAAUGACAGUUGAAUGCUUGAAAAAGAGGAACGUGUUUUUAAGUAGUACAGUUGUUGGUUUUGCUGAACUAAGCAACACAUCAGGACUGUUGAGGAAACUGAGAGCAAACCAUUAACACCUCUGUCUAAAACAAGUGUUUCCAGUAGAAAAUGCUGCCUAAAGCACCGUCAACACUGAGAACACCGAGACUUUUACACGCUGUAAUAGAGCAGCUGCGUGGGCAAAUGGAAUAGAAAAUGUAUUCAUAUUUAAUUUUUGAAAUUGAUUAAUUAAUUGUUUAUAUACACGCCCAAAACUCUCACAGACUUUGUUUCAAAUUAAAAUAAUAACAGAAUGUUUGUUUCGACAUCUUUAACUGAAAUAAAUGUCAGUACACGUUGUUAUGAUGUGUGAAAAUGACAUGUUUAACAGCAGCAAGUGGUCAUACAGAACAAAAAAUAUUAAUGUAGAUGCAAGACGCAUAAUGAAGGUUUAAAAUAAUAGUAGUUAGGCGUUAGGGGAUAAUGUUUAGGCUUAUAAUGGAAUAGAAAUCUGAUUGAAUUGUGUCAUCUUUACGGAUUCACAACUAUAUCUGGUUCAGAAUAGAUCUGGUUUCCAUUUUAUCUUGUGUAAAUGUUUAUAAGUAAAAUUCUCCAGCCUUGAAUUGUGUGUGUGUGUGUGUGUGUGUGUGUAUGAGUAUGUAUGAGUAUGUAUGAGUGUGUGUGUAUGAAUGUGUGUGUGUGUGUGUGUGUGUUUAUGGGAGACACUAAGCAGGUGCGUGCCUGCUGUUUAAAUCUGUCCCAAGCUGUUAAUGCUGCAUAUCUAAAUGGUAAAGCUGCUCUGCUGAAGUGUUAAUGGUGUUAGAACCCAUAUGUCCCUGUGCACUGUGUAAAUAAUUAUCACAGGCAGACACCCUGUCCCUCUUUUAUGCCCUCCACAAUUUUAAGAUCGUCACAGCUGUUCCCGGCUCUAAAAAAUACUGCACAGACACUAAAUAAUAGGUGUUUUUGCAAAGUAUCGUUCUGUCUGUUGAAUGUGUACUGAAAUGUCCUCUUGCAUUUGGACAGCAGGUCUAUUUGUGGCCUAAUUGUAAUUUGGAAUUGUUUCAUGGCCCAAUUCUGCAUGUACAAUUGCAGCGUUUUGUGUGAACUGAAAAUAGACAAGCAUCUGUUUCAAUGACCUUUCAGUGCCGUUUCCUCAGCUGACAUAAUGGCGCCAUUUGCAUCGCCAAAUAAAACUGGGGGAAAGUCAUUUUUUCAAGAUGUCAAACGUCUAUGGCUCAUUGAGAUUUGAAUUGCCUUGUGAAUGAAUGGUUAUGUGAUACUGAAUCCCAGUUUGGUAUAUGUCUUGAAGUGAUGAGGCUGUUGAAGGGCUUGGUAGUCCACAGCAAGUAUUUUUCUAGAUGUGCUAGUGUUUAUUUGAGACAUAUUUAUAGAAGGUUAAUCAUAUUCCUCUUCAUAAUAGCAGUGUUUUAGUGGGGGG